AUGACGAGAACCGUGGAGCGCGCGUCGCUGUUCUCCAAGCUGCUGCGCCUGGCGGCGCCGCGCCGCCAGCUGGCCACGUUCAGCGCCCAGUUUCCGCCACCUGAUUGGACGGCCGGUGACGUCACUCAUCUGCACUCAGUCGGCACGCAGACGGUGGCCCGGCGCGCGCCGCUGGCCGACGGCUCGCCCAAGGGCAAGUUCAGACGUCAGAGGCAGCACCGGUCGCCGGGACGCAACUCGCGGGACGCCGGCCGCGGCCCCGUCUCCCGAAACGACGGCAGACCGGCCGAGACGGCCCCGUCGCCGGCGACGGACCGGGCACGCGCAGGCAGCGUCGGCGCCGACGCCGCCCGCGGCCGGCCGCGUGUCGACUCCAUUCUGAAGCGAGAUCGUUCCGGCCCGCACCUGCAGCAGGAGAGCGAGACGCCACAAGGCGCGCGGCGCUCCGGCAUCGCUCCAGAGAGCGACCGCUCCGGCCGCGCCAGGGCGAGAACGAACGAGCCCGUUUACGAGAAUGUCGGUGUUUUCAACGGGCCGGAGAUAAUCCCCAUAGUUCCCGGCGGCACCUUCGUGAAAAAGCCGGCAGACGCGUCGCCCAAAGGCGAUCGGAAGCGCACCACACGUCCGACGCAGAAGGGCGACGGUCGCGUGAAAGCCGGCAUAUCGCCGCCGAACGUCUGCGGCGAGCGGGAGGGCGACGCCAUGCCGGUGCCGGAGCCGCUGCGGAAGCCGAUGAACAACGAGAAGCUGCUGGAGCCGUGCAGCCCGACGCGACCGGAGACGCUAAGCGUACGCAACAUUUGGAGCGAGGUGGCCGCGCCGGCCAAGGUGGCGGCCAAGGCGCCGCUGGACGGCCGGCCGGGCCGUCUGCCGGCGCCCUGCAGUCAUCCGAGCAAGGGGCCGUCCGAAUCCGGCGGCCGGCGGCCCGGCUCGCCUGGGGACGCGUCGUUGCGCACUUACCCGAGCCUGAGUUCGCUGAAUUUAAACUUCCAGUCGCUGGCGGCCCAACGCCUUGUGCACGGCGCCAGCGUCAACAGCAUCGACACCCUGGUGGAAGUCAACAUGGCGGCCGAGCGGCGACGCGACGGCCAGACCACGCUGCUCGGCAUUCUGUAGUGGCGGCAUGCUUGCGCGCAUGCGCGGCCAGCCGCCUCUCUGCUUGGAAACGGGCAGUCGACAUUUGAGGCGACGGAUCAGUGUGUUGCGAACCGUUGGGACGCGCAUGGCGAGUGGAAGGCGUCGGAGGAGAGCGCGGAUAUUUUACUGUUGUGGCGUCAACGUAUCCAGGCAGCUUAGUACGCAAAGCUUGCUCGCCGCGAGAAGAAAAGUCAGAGCUUUACCAGCCUUGGUAUGUGGACAGUGCUUGGGUUUAAUGGAACAGUGACGGGUUCCUGGUCAAAGCAAUGGAUAGCCAUGCGCCGCAAUUGCCCAAAGCAGUUCGACCAAACGUGCAAUGUUCAAUAUCCGACUAAGCCACACUUCGGGGGUGGUACAAUCCGGGGAUAUUGUCAUCCGUUGUAAACACGGAAGUCGUGCUAUGCGUAUAAAGUGCACUCUUCGGCCAACUCGCGACGUCGUUUGCCACCGCGUGACUGUUGAAACCGCUCGAUGUCUCCUGUGUCCGUGUCGCAGUAUGUCGGAGCUCGGUGCGGCAGUGUGCGACGAUCUACGCAGUCUGAUAACCAAUAUACGCUUGA